AUGGCUUCGUACGCCCAACCCCCGGCCAUCUUCGACGAGACCAGCAAGCCAUCCGGGCUGCGGUCCUUCUUGUCGUCGAGAGCACACAAGAGGUCUCCCUCUGCUGGAGACGCUCUGCUGGCACGUUCCAAUGCACCAGGGAACGACUCUUUGGGUGCUGCCGGCUUUCUCCCGGCAGAUCACCCUCAUGCUCUACCACUGGGGGAGAGGGCACACAAUCGAGAUGCCGGAGGUAGCUCUCGCCCCAGCCGCAAAGGGGACAAGCUACACCACAAAACCAAAAGCUCUGUUUCUCUAAAGGCUUUGAUCGGUGAGCGUGAGAAGAAGGACACCCGGUCCCCGGAUUCGCCGGAAGAGGGAUCCUUGGAACGGACGAUGAAGAAGGUCAAGUCCUCAACCAGCUUGUCCGCCAUUUUGAAACGGUCUUACCGAGGACGAAAGGGUGAGCCGCCAAACGAGACCAAAGAAAGGGAAAACCAGCGUCCAAAGUCGGACUUUUCUCCUCCAAUCUGGGCUCAAUUCGCAACACAGCCGCUGGAAGAUGCAUCUGGCAGCGUAAGUGUGCCGGACCAUGGUCGGUCACUGGAAGAGGAGGUCUCGUUAUACACACCGAAGAAUUAUGACCCUUCCAAACAGCGGAACUUUUACGACUACCACCAGCCUACUCUCGUCACAAAACCUCGCCCAAAGUCCGAUUAUAUCUCGUCCGGAACAACCAAGAUGCGAGAGAUGCUGGGUCACAUACAGCGGAUACCCUCUGACAAACAACGUAAUGUCGAGAAGCAAGUCCAGAAUCAGGGAUUUGGAGAUGUUCGCUCCAGCCAAGACUCGAAGAGAAGCUCCAAUCCGGGGAGCAACCGCGUCAUGGCUGCCGUUUCAGCUUUCAAUGCAAAGGAAGCUGGAACCAGAAGAUCGGUUGACUCCAAACAGAUUGAGAGCGAAUUCGAAAAGCUCUUGGAUGCACGCAACAUCCCCCAGAACAUGCGAGACAAAAUGCGUUCGUUGGAUACAAACAUCAAAGCCGACUUCAUCCAAAAGAACCGCACCGACGGCUCUUGCCCCAAUUCGGCCACGUCAAGCACAUUUGACAGUGCCGGUCGCCGUGGGAGAAAAGACACUCGCCCUAAUUCGAUUCACAGUCCGGACAAGAGCGCGCGCUCUCGGUCUAGGGCUCGGUCGCCCUUCAGUGUAUCCAAAGGCGAUUCAUCCCCCAAGAAACAUCAAAAGUCAGACAGUGCUAGCUCUAUCAAACGCCCAAAGUCGAGCGAUCUCGGGCGUCCCUAUUCUUCCAUGCUGCCGGGUGCAUCUACCUCGGCCACAUCUCUGCAGACUACAGCCCACACCGACACAGCAGCCGAUCCAGCUGACUUCAUUCACUAUAUGCGAGAAGUUCAGAAGCCGGAAUUGGUUGAGGUCGGAAAGCUUCACAAACUGCGACUACUUCUCAGAAAUGAGACUGUGGCUUGGGUUGACUCAUUUAUUGCUGAUGGCGGCAUGGACGAAGUCAUCCAGCUUCUGUAUCGUAUUAUGAAAGUCGAGUGGAGAGAGGAACACGAAGACAACUUGCUUCACGAAACUUUGCUUUGUCUCAAGGCUCUCUGCACGACAUCGUUGGCUUUGCAGAGACUAGCCACCGUAGCCAAAGAUCUCUUCCCAGCACUGCUAAGCAUGUUGUUUGACGAGGAAAAGAAGGGACCAAGCGAGUUUACUACUAGAGGAAUCAUCUUGAGUCUUUUGUUUACCUAUCUCUCGACCUCGUCUGUAGAGGCAAUGCCUGCAAGGGCUUCUGAAAUCCUCGGCUUCCUACGUGACCCUUGCCCUGAAAACCAGAAAGUUGCGUUCAUCGCCAACAUCUACCAACCUCGGCCGUAUCGCGUGUGGAGCAAGGAAGUGACCAAUGUCACCAAGGAAGUGUUUUGGAUCUUCCUUCACCACCUGAACGUGAUUCCCAUGGCUCGCCAGGAAGAUGAUCAGGAACAGAGUUAUCUCGCGAGACAUUUCCCUGUGCCACGUCCUCCAGUGCCUGCUGCCCCAUAUGUUGGAGGUGUUGAAUGGGACGCAACAAACUACCUUGCCUCUCAUCUUGACCUGAUGAACGGCUUGAUUGCCUGUUUUCCCACGAGGGAGCAGCGAAACACACUCCGGGAAGAGCUGCAUGCAUCCGGCUUUGAGAAAGUCAUGGGUGGCAGCAUGCGAACCUGCAAGGAGAAGUUUUACGGAGCAGUGCAUGACUGUUUGAGAACAUGGGUUUCUGCUGCCCGUGAAGAUGGAUGGGACUACAGGUUUGUCCGCGAGGGCCCUGAACCUGGAUCUCCCUCCAAGUCUCCCAAGAAGAGUUGCCAGAAAAAGCAGGCUGAAGAGCCACCAAAGCUGGCACUUGUCAUGGACUUUGAAAACAAGGCACCUGCACGGGAAUCUGAUGUCGGUGGGUGGAUCUAA